AUGACGUCCAACACAUUUGAUGCCGCAUCAUACUCCGUUGCAAUGCCCUACGUUUCUGACCUCGAUACCGACAAGUCCAUGCCCAUAGCUGUCGUGGGCAUGGGCUUCCGUGGUCCAGGAGAUGCAACCAACGUCGAAAAACUCUGGCAGAUGAUACUUGAGGGCCGUGAAGCACGAACUCGGAUUCCCCAAUCAAGGUGGAAUAACGAUGCCUUUUAUCACCCAGAUCAUUCGAGGCACGGGACGAUCAAUGUCCAAGACGGCCAUUUCCUUACAGAGGAUGUCUCAUUGUUUGAUGCUCCAUUUUUUAAUAUGACCAGCGAUGAAGCAGCUUCUAUGGACCCCCAGCAAAGGCUUCUUCUGGAAGUUACAUAUGAAGGCCUUGAAAAUGCUGGUAUCCCUCUUCCCCGGAUAACCGGUACCAAAACCUCUUGUUUCGUUGGUUCCUUCAAUGCAGACUAUACCGAUCUUCUCCUUCGUGAUCCGGAGGCCGUCUCCAUGUACCAAUGCACGAAUGCUGGCCAGUCUCGCGCCAUGACUGCAAACCGGGUGUCGUAUUUCUAUGACCUUAAAGGGCCUAGUGUAACCGUUGACACUGCGUGCUCCGGGAGCUUGGUGGCACUGCAUUUAGCCUGCCAGAGUUUGAGAACGGGUGACGCCACGAUGGCCAUUGCAGCAGGUGUCAACGUCGUACUCAGCCACGAAUUUAUGACCACCAUGAGCAUGAUGAAAUUCCUAUCUCCCGACGGACGUUGUUAUACAUUUGAUGACAAUGCCAAUGGAUAUGCCCGUGGAGAAGCAGUCGACUGUCUGAUCCUUAAACCUCUCGAAGAUGCCAUUCGAGACAAGGACACCAUCCGCGCCGUCAUCCGCGGCUCUGGAUCCAACCAAGACGGCCGCACCCCGGGUAUCACGUUACCCAACGGCGCCGCACAAGAAGCCCUGAUCCGCGAUGUGUACAACACGGCUGGACUCGAUCCUCGUGAGACAGAAUUCGUCGAAGCUCAUGGUACGGGCACACAAGCCGGUGAUCCCAUUGAGACCUCGGCUCUAUCAAGGGUUUUUGGACCGGGUCGUGCCCCUGAUGCACCGCUGCGUAUUGGGUCAAUCAAAACGAAUGUCGGUCACUUGGAGGGGUCCAGUGGCGUCGCUGGAGUGAUGAAAGCUGUAUUUAUGCUGGAGAAUAGGACAUUCCUCCCGAACCGCAACUUCACCACCCCCAACCCGCGAAUUCUGCUGGAUGAGUGGAAGCUAAAGAUACAACUGGAGCCUGAAGCAUGGGACAGUCCUGGUCCCCAUCGUGUCUCUGUGAAUAGCUUCGGAUACGGUGGUAGCAAUGCUCACAUCAUUCUUGAGGAUGCUGCGGGAUAUCUCUCCAGGCGGGGUCUGAACGGACUCUACCGGAAACUGCAAUCACCAUUGGCAAUUCCAAACGAUAUUGCAAAACACAAUUCUCAGUCCUCGCGAUCUCGCGUCUUCAUGAUUUCUGGUUUUGAUGAAGCCUCGUGCACGAAGCAGGCAGAGAGUCUACGCGAAUAUCUUCUCGAAAAAGAGUCGCUGAUCGACGAUGCCUUUAUGAACAAUUUGGCUUCCACACUCAAUGAGCACCGUACCAGACUACCGUGCAAAGUCGCAGUGACUGGUGGCACAAUCGCUGAGGUUGCGGGAGCCUUAACCAGUAAGGUCAAAGUCAAGAGGAAUACCAAGAAACCUACAGUCGGAUUCGUCUUCACUGGGCAGGGUGCUCAAUCACCAGGAAUGGGAAGGGAACUUCUUGAUGCCUACCCUGUUUUUCGGAAGUCUAUCGAGAAUAUCGAUGCGUACCUAAAACACGAAAUAUGGACAAACAAAGACCCUUCCCGACUGAGCCGUCCCCUCCACAGUCAACCUCUCUGCUCUGCACUACAGAUCGCCUUGGUAGAUCUCCUCGCAAGCUGGGGAAUCGUCCCCGACUCCGUAACGGGCCACUCCAGCGGGGAAAUCGCAUCCGCAUACGCAGCUGGCGCAUUGAGCAUGGAGGAUGCAAUGUCGAUUGCGUACCAUCGAGGUGUUUCAGCCAGCAAAAUCUCAACCGAAGGACUAAUAAAAGGGGGCAUGCUCGCCCUGGGAAUGUCAGCGGAAGACGUCCAGCCAUACCUGGAGAAGCUGCAAUCGGGCCAAGCAGUUGUGGCUUGUGUCAACAGCCCAUCUAGUGUUACCAUCUCCGGUGAUGUUCCGGCGAUCACGGAGCUCGAGAGCUUUCUCAUCGAUAAGCAGGUGUUCAGUCGUCGAUUGGCAGUUGAUGUCGCCUACCAUUCUCAUCAUAUGGAACAAAUAGCUGCUCAGUACCUGGAUUCAAUCGCUCAUGUCAAACCAAGGAAAGCCAACCACCAGGACAAAACGGUCUCAUUCUUCUCGUCCGUAACAGGAACGGAACUCUCCCCGGCUGAACUUGGAGCCCAGUACUGGGUCCGCAAUUUACUUGGUCAGGUCAAAUUCUCGGAUUCCUUGCGCACGCUCUGCUUUGAGGCAGGUCAAAAGCAACGUAAUUCAAAUACCAAACGCGCUAAGCGUGCACAAAAAGUCAGCGUCGACACCUUGAUUGAGGUUGGGCCUCAUUCCGCUAUGUCCGGUGCUAUCAAGCAAAUCUUCAAACCUGAUCCAAAGCUCUCUGUCGCUGAGAUUGCCUACGGGAGCAUCCUCGUUCGGAAGCAGAAUGCCGUUUCAACUGCCCUAUCAGUGGCGGCGAUGCUUGCGGCAUCUAGCUACCCGGUGAACUUCCAAGCAGUGAACAAUCCCACAGAUGAUGAGCUUCGCCUCCUUGUCGACCUUCCGCCGUAUGCGUGGAAUCACUCCCGAUCAUACUGGUCCGAGUCACGAGUUAGUAAGGCAUAUCGGAACCGAAAAUUUCCGCGUACGGAUCUUCUCGGUGUACCGGAUCCCGUGGCUUGUCCAUUCGAGCCCCGAUGGAGGAAUUAUAUCCGCGUGGUUGAGAUUCCAUGGCUCAGGGACCAUAAGAUCCAGUCCAAUAUCGUAUAUCCGGCAGCUGGUUAUAUCGCUAUGGCUAUAGAGGCAGCGUCACAACAUAGCUCGGGGACCUUGUUGAAUUCAGCAACCACUGGGUACCUGCUGAGAGACGUAUCCAUACAGUCCGCCCUAGUCAUCAACGAGAUGUCAGCUGUGGAGGUGCUGAUCUCCCUCAGAGAACACGCAGCGGACGGUCCUGACAAGUCGUACGAGUUCCAUGUUUAUUCUGCAUCAGACGAUAAUCGUUGGACACAGCAUUGCAAGGGGUUUGUCAGUGUCCAAUAUACAUCCCCCAGAUAUAUCGAGCCCCGCACAGAACUUAUGACCAAUGGGUACAGUUCCACGACUCUGGACGUUGCACAAUUCUAUAAGACGCUUGCUGCUGCUGGUUUAGAAUAUGGGCCAACAUUUGCCAACAUGACAGCAGCCCGUUACUUGUUGCACAGUUGUGUGGCGGAGAUCGCCGUCCCUGAUACAGCGGCUGUGAUGCCCACUAACUACCAGCAUCCGCAUAUAAUUCACCCGUGCACUCUCGACGCUAUCUUCCAUUCCAUAUUCCCAGGUCUACCAGGUACCUUGGAUGGUACGCUCGAGCCGCCUAUUCCUGUCUCCAUCGGCGAGAUGUAUGUUUCUAGCGAUAUCACUACAGCACCGGGAAGCAAACUGAAUGUGUCCACGCAAGUCCAUGAACAAGGCGAGCAGGAUGUCCUCGCUUCGAUUCAAGUUUCUAAUGCUCAGACCUCUGAAACUGCGGUGUCUAUCUCUGAUCUCCGAUGCAGGAGGCUUGCAAGCGACUCGCCCAAGAGCACAGCGAAGGAGACUCGCAUCGCGUACAGAAUAGAUUGGCAGAUAGAUCCAGAUCUUUUGUCCAAGGACGGUAUAUUGUAUGUGCUGGGCAAUGGAUGUGCGAGAAGGCCAGUCAAUGGACUCCUUGAACGAUGCGCAUUGCAAUAUAUCCGCCAGGCAAUCGAAGUGCUCAGCGACGCAGAAAUCCCGCCAAAGAACCAAGCGAUCUGGAGGUCCUUCGUCGAUAUCGCCAAAAGGCACAGUUCGAUGGAAUCCGACAUCACACAGCCCCAAAUUCAGCAAGUAUUGAAGACUGGUCCGACGGGCGAACUUCUAGUUGCCGUCGGCGAAAACAUCCCCGCUAUCCUACAAGGAAAGGUGGACGCAGCCACUCUCCUUCACAGCUCGGGUCUCCUUGAGAAACGCCUUUAUGAUUGCUACGACUCAGCAGCUGUGUAUUUGCGGGCAGUCGGUCACAAGAAUCCCAGCAUGUCAGUCUUGCAGAUCGGUGCAGGAACAGGAGGGGCGAUCCAGUCACAGUUCCAAAUUCUUUUCUUGGAAGGAAGAAAUAUCACCCCUCGCUUCCUAGACUACACAGUCACGGACGCAGACCAAUCUGUUCUCGAGGACGCAGCAAAGAAUUUAUCUGAGUAUGAAGAGUGGAUCGAUUUCAAGACUCUCGAUAUCGAAGCCGAUCCUGAGCCACAGGGCUUUGCUUCACACCACUACGAUGCGAUAGUCAUUCCGCAUGGGAUCUAUGCUGCUAGUUCGAUGGAGCAUGUCCUCAAAAACAUCCAUCAGCUGCUCAAGCCAGGCGGUCAUCUGGUCCUGAUAGAUCCUGCGAGUAGGCAUGACGGUCUCGUCGAGUCUGCCAUCUUCGGCUGUCUUCCUGGAUGGCCGCACGGCGAAUGGGACCAAGUGCUUCGAGGCGCACAAUUCUCUGGCGUCGACCAUCUUAUCGACUUUGAUGAUACUUCGCUUAUUCUCAGCAGCCCACUGAGACAGCCUCCCUCUGUUACUCCUGCCGGGAUACUGAUCAUUGCUGAAGAGAGCAACUCUGUCUGCCUGCCAUACUUGCGAGACAUGCUCUCCGCCGUUCAACUCACAGCAGAAAUAACGGAUCUCGCACACGCAAAACCAGAAGGACGACUAUGCAUCGUCCUUAGUGACAUCCUGACACCUUCAAUGACCGACGCAGAUGAUGCCACCUUUGAAACGGUCAAGACAAUCUUCCUUCAAAGCUCCGGCGUUCUAUGGGUUACACGCGGUGGAGAUACCUUGAGCCCCAGGGACCCAGACGCAUCAAUUAUCACGGGAUUUGCUCGGACAGCACGCUCAGAGUCUGGCGUAGAACCCAUAGUCACGCUGGAUCUUGAUGCGCGGGAUGUGUUAUCUCCUGAACGAACAGCGGAGGUGAUAUUCAGAUUAUUCCAGUAUCGUUUCUUCGUCAACAGCUCGAUGCAUGCCGAUACUGAGUAUUCCGAGUCUGGGGGAAUCCUGUCUAUACCACGGGUCGUGGAAGAACCUCGUCUGAACAAACAUCUUGCGACGGCAUUGAAUCCACGGGUGCUGACGGAACAGCCAUUCUACCAGCAUGAUCGGCCAUUGCGGGCGAAUGUCAGCAGCCGAGAUAGGUCCGAAAGGGUUUACUUCGUUAAUGAUACCCGAGCGUCUGAACUUCCUCCAGAUCAUGUUGGGAUCAGAGUCCAAGUCGUCGGACUGACCAAGCAUGAUACCCGAAUCCAACCGGGCGAGGAGAAUGUUGGUACGCAGUGCAGCGGAACAGUCUAUGCCAUCGGUAAUGCCGUUCAGGGCUUCGAAAUCGGAGAUCAGGUCGCUUGUCUAGGCACUGGAACAGUAGCCAGCAUUUAUCAUGACCGUGUGGAGGCGUACCAGAAAAUCCCACCCGGCACGUCACUGGACAUCGCUGCCACCUUGCCUGUACCAUUCUGCACGGCAUUCUAUGUCCUCUACCACUUGGCUCGUGUUGGCCCUAAUGAUACGAUCCUCAUUAACGGGGCUGCGAGCGCAUACGGUCAGGCAAUGGUCAAAGUCGCCAAUGGCACAGGUGCGAGGAUCUUCGCAAUAGUUGCCGACGAAAAGCAGAAGACGUUCCUCUUCUUCACAGCCAAGAUACCAGCAGAUCAGAUUCUUGUUCGCGACGUGGAUGAUUUCACCGACAGGGUUGAACGCGCUACAGGCGGAGAUGUGGACGUUGUCGUUGACUGCAACGACUCUGAUCAAGACGUUAAGCUGUUGGCUAACCGGGUCAAUACGUACGGGCGGUUCAUCAAGUUGGAGGGCGCUGAUUCGAAGAAUAUCCGAUUUUCUUCGUUUAACCAAGAGGCCAUGUUCACGGUGUUUUCUCUCGAGACGCUAAGGAGAGAGAAGCCUGGUGUCUUAUAUGAUGUCUUCCGGCAAGUGAUGGAUCUUUUCCGCGACGGAACAUUACAAGGACCUCCCUUGUUACAAUCAGCCAACAUUUCAGAGCUCAACAAUGUGCUAGACUCGUUUGAUCCUGACAGUUCUCAUUUCACGACGAUCACAGCCGCCCCGGACGAUCUUAUCAGGGCAACACGUCGAAAGGCAGAUCUACUUCUCCGUUCGGACGCUUCGUAUAUGCUCGUUGGUGGACUUGGCGGUAUUGGACGGGCAACUGCUCUCUGGAUGGCUGAGCGCGGAGCACAAAACCUCAUUUUCGUGAAUCGGAGUGGUCUGUCAAGGGAGUCGUCGAAGGAGACUGUUCGAGUUUUAGAAGAACGUGGAGUCCGGGUGAUUGUUUACGCCUGCGAUAUCUCAGAUAGCAGACAAAUGCAGACCAUGGUCUCUGAGCUCGCACAACAAGCACCACCAAUCCGAGGUGUUAUCCAAGCCGCCAUGGUGUUAAAGGACACACACAUCGAGAAAAUGACCUCCGAGACCUACCACGCCGUCCUCCAACCAAAGUACAGCGGGACCUGGAACCUCCACCGCCACCUUCCAUCCGAAAACCUGGACUUCUUCCUCCUCCUCUCCUCGAUAAGCGGGAUAAUCGGCAACGCCACACAAGCUGCCUACGCCGCCGGCUCAACCUUCAUGGACGCCUUUGCAUCCUACCGCUCGCGCAAUCUUGGCUUACCGACCGUCUCUCUCGACCUCGGCGUCAUCACGGAUGUAGGCUACGUCGCCGAACAUCAGGGCCUAGCAGCGGCGAUGGAACAGCAGGGCUUCCAGGGGACUGAUACGCCGACGCUACUGGCGUUGAUUGAGAUGGCGAUUUCGCAGCCGAUAGAGUUCCAUCAGGUGAUCACGGGCUUGGGCGAGUGGAAGGGGUCAGGGAAGUCGCUGACGAAUUUUGAUGCGCCGCUUUUUGCGCGGUAUCGUCGUUUGUUCACGUCUUCGGAUUCUAUCGAUUCUGAUAAUGAUGUGUCUGCCGUGGACAGGCUUCGCGAGGAUCUAGCUGCGGCGAAGACACUCGAUGAUGCGACAGUUUUGGUCUAUACAGCCCUCAGCGCCAAGAUAGCAGCGCAUCUGUCUCUCUCCGUUGAGAGUAUUGAUCCCUCGAGUCCGAUCUCGGAGUACGGCGUUGAUUCGCAUGUCGCGGUGGAACUCAGGAACUGGAUUACAGAGAAGAUGGAGAGUACGGUGCCUAUUCUGGAGAUAUUGGCGAGUGGCUCGGUGGGAGAGUUGGCAGCGAAGAUUGCAGGAAAGUCGAAGUUGGUUAAAUUGGAAGACUAA